CAAGAAAACAAAUUUUAGUUGCACUCAAAGCCGCGGAUAAUAGUCAUUAACAUACACAAAGUGCUGUCGUCUAUUCUUAUAUACAUAUAUAUAUUUUUGUGAUUAUAAAAUAGAAAAUAUAUAUUUUAUAUUUUUCUUAAAACAAUAAAUUUUAUUGUUUAUCACAUUUCUUUUGUGAAAAAAAAAUUAAAAAUAUAUUACUGUGAUCAAGUGUGGUGUCAAUGCGUUUACGUAAUUUCAUCGUAUUAGUGUCAGUUAUUUAACUCAAGAAAAAAUAUAAAAAAAAAUAUCAAUGUCAAGGUCAGGCAUGAUAAAAGUAUACACGUAUAUAGAAAAAAAAAAAAAAAUGAGUCAAAUGAAAAUUGUUGACUGUUAAUAGUGUCAUAAAAAUUCACAUAAAAUAGACGUAAACUCACUCAUUGUCAAUACUUGAGUAAACAAGUCUGAUUAGGUUAUUAGUUAUAUUUUAUUAGUCAAAAAUAAAUACAGAAAAGUAAAUUACACGUGUCAGUUUAUUGAGUCUAUCUUUAUAUAUAUAUAAAAGUUGAUUUAUUGAUAAGCUUCCUCGAGAAAAAAUCAACCAAUUGAGGUUGGAUGUACUGGAAAUCGUUGAGAAUUGUCGAGGGCUUUAUGUUGUAUAUUUAUAUGUGUAAUCAUACAAAAUAAAUAGGAUUUUUGUCUGUGUAAGACUCGAUAUUUUUAAAAAACUUUCGGACAUUUUGAACGCGGUUACUUAAUUAUUGAGUUCAAUUAUUUAUAAAACCAGUAACUUGUAAAAUUGACAUAAAAAUAUUUCGGUACAUUUGUCAUAUUUAUUACACUAUCAAUAACGUCAUUCGAAUAAGUAAUUACAUUACAGGCUGUUCAACUGUAGCACAUAAAAAGUAACAUGUCAGUUUGUACCGGUCGAACAAAUAUACGUUAUAAUUACUCUCUUGUGUCCAUCUGUCAUUCAUAAUUAAAUUUUAGUGGUCAUGUUUAAACAAAAGCUGAUAAACACAUCAUUGUAUUUUUCUUUUUUGACUAUAAUCGUUUUAUCAAUCUUUUCAUGGUAGAGAUAAAAAACAUUAAAUGUCUAGUGAAAAAUAAACAAUAAAAAAGCCUGCAGGUGAAGUUGGUUCUUCGUCGUCGAAAUAGCUGCAUGCUGAAGAAAUGACAACAGAUUGGAAAAAAAAUCCACCAUCAACAGUGGGCUAUGGAUCUCAUCACAAUAGAUCCAUCAUAGAUUUUGAUAAGCUGCCAGGAGCAUCAAGUCUUGCAUCACUGACAGAGUCUGCAAUUUAUGAAAAUGAAGCAAGUUAUACUCAGAUUUCUCAACGUGAAAAACGGAGCUGGAAUGGAUGGGAGAAUUUUGGGUUGAGAAGACGAAUGUCAUUUAUGAAACUUGGAAGUAUUGGCUCAAAGGAACAAAAACAAAAUUCGGUACGGUCAAGAUCUUUGAGCCAACUUGACAUGCUGGAUACAAGUGAACAACCACUAACAGGCAAUGCCUCUCAUGCUCAACAACAUCAACUACCCCACAAUCGCUAUCAUCAAACAUCCCAGCAACACUCGCAAAAUCAAGUGGAUUGCAGUCCAAGAUUACUUGUACCAAAUGCUCCAUCACUCACUGAUUCAUCGCACACAUCAAAUCGUAACAAGCAUAAACUUUCACGUUCUCAGGUAUCAAGUAGCGAAUACUUUAGCGUUAGUUUUGAAGUGGGUGAAGAUACUGGCUCAUUGGAACGUGAAGAAUUUUUACCAGCAACAAAAGGAACUUAUCUCGUAGAUGUACUUGGAGCAGCAUGUGAACAUCGCAAUGUCGAUUUGUCACGUGUCGACGUCUUUCUCGAUACCUUUUCAUCACCUUUAUCGAUACUAACCACAGAAACAUCGAACUUGGGAGGCAGGCACUUACGAGUUACUGCAAAAGAUGAGAGACUUACUUCAAGAAUCGGUCAAAAAAAUAAUCCAAAUGCUUCGUUACGAAAGGGUGGUAGUUAUCGUGCCAGAAGUGGUCGUUUUUUCAGUGUUUCAACUGAGGACUCUAGCAUGGAUUCGACUGAAAUCGUUACAACUGGCAGAACUGGAAGUGGAAUAAAGUCAAGUAAGCAACGGUGGAGUGGCUUUUUUACAAACACAAAAGGAACUAAAAUGGAAUUACUGGUUGAACAACUUAAUAGCUACACGAAACAUGGUGUACCACAAUUGUCAGAAAUUCAACUACCUUAUGAUCCACUUGCCACUCAAACAGAUCUAGAGAAAGACUGGAGAGACAUCGUUGACAAUUGGAAAAUACUCAGUGAAAGACAACAGCAACAACAAACAGCACUUUGGGAACUUGCACAAACAGAAGUUGCCUAUAUAAGAACACUUCAAGUCGUUACGAAUUUAUUUAUGGCAUGUCUGUGUAAUCUACAAUCAUCAAAUAUUCUAAAUGAAGUUGAUCGAACAAAAUUAUUCAGUAAUAUACCAGAUAUUUAUGCUGCAAAUUAUUAUUUUUUGACGGAACAUGUAUUAACAAUGAUCAAUGCAACAAAAAAAAAUGGAAAACCAUUAGAUCCAGGACAUUUACUUCAUGGUUUUGAAACAUUUGAAGAUACAUUUUCACCAUAUACAAGAUAUUGCUCGGAACAAAGCAAGUGUCAGCAAUAUUGUCGUGAUCGACUUAAUGACAAUGAACUUUUUACAGCCUAUUUAGUUUGGUGUGAAACACAAAAAGACUGCAAUCGGUUAAGACUUCUUGAUAUAUUAGUAAAACCAAUGCAACGAUUGACUAAAUAUUCUCUACUGCUCAAAGCAAUUCAUAAAAAUACUGAAGAUGAAGAUCAAAGAAUUGAACUGACAACAAUGAUUAAAUGCGUUGAUAAUUUCGUGGCCUCGGUUAAUGCUGCAUUACGUAGAACCGAGGAAAAAUCAAGAUUAGCAAAUGCAGCUGCUCGACUUGAGUGCUAUGAUGUUGUUGAGUCCAGGGACGAAGAGCUUGAAAAGUUGAUUAAGUCUUGCAGUUAUCUUGACAUAACAGUCACACCAAUGCCUGGUUGUCCGAAGGACGCACUUAGAACCCUUUUACGUGAGGGAGACUUUAAAUUACGUGACACCGUAACGAAUAAAACGGAGAUUCAUGUUUUAUUGAUGACAGAUAUGUUACUAUUAUGUAAACCAUCAACAAAAAAAGGAUCAGCAAGUAGUGGUUCUGGUUAUUCAACUGGUUCACUUAAAGUCAUACGUCAGCCAUAUAUUGUGGAUAGAAUACGUAUUUGUGAAUUAAAGGAUUCAUCAAGUUUAGGAUUUGUUUAUUUAAAUGAAUAUUGUGUUGCAUCAAGUGCAUUUGUUUUAACAGCAUCUGAGCCAAAAAUUGCCAAAUCUUGGAUGGAGUCCCUGAGAAAAGCCCAGCAACAAUUUGCAAUAAUGAAGAUUCCACCGUUGGGUGAUAUGCCAGGUAUUGGUGGUGGUGUUGGUGUUGGUGUUGGCGGUAUGAGUAGACAAGCAAGCACGUAUCUUGGAGAUGGUGAAUUUGAAAUUGAAGACAGUGAUGCUUUACCAAGGACACCUCGUGGUAGUAGCAGAGCAUCACGAGUUAGUAGUCUUGCACACAGUCACAGUGGAAGUAUGGAAAUGGAGUAUGCUUCACCAAGUGGAAGCAGUUAUCUUCCUUGUUAUAACACAAGUAGAAAUGUCAGUGUUGAUACAAGUGAUCCACCAAGGGCAUCAAGUGUUUCAUCAGAAGAAGGAAAUGAAGUUGGAUCUGGACAUAAUCAACGACCACUUCAAAUGAGACGGUCAUUAUUGAGUAAAUCCCCAACUCCAAAUACGUUGAGCGUUCAAGUGCCAGUUUACUCUUCACUAGGUCAAUCCUUACCAAACCUAACACUUGCAGCGUCACAACAAACGUCAACAGUUUCAACACCCCCAAAUUCUUUACUCAUUGUUCCACAAAUAACCAAGAGUAAGGAUACAUUACUCUCACCUGAUCAUAGAGGUAUAUCUUAUCCACCACCAUCACCACCAAGAGUUGCUCUGAGACGUGCACGUGCAGUCUCUUCCUUUAAUCAAAACUAGAUACAUUAAUUCAGCUGUAAAUCUGAAUGUCGAAGCAAUUUGAUGAUAGACGAAGAAUACUCGAAUCGAAACAACAAACAUCAAUUACAAUAAGCAUCGCUACAUUCAAAUAAAAAAAAAAAAAACGAAGAUAAUUGAUGAAGUUCAUUCAGUGCUUAAUAGAACAUUAAAAUUGUAAAAAAUAAUAAAUAAUAGUAAUUAAUAAUAGUAAUAAUAAUAGUAAUAAUAAUUAAUAAUAAAAAUGUCAAAUAAAAUUACGUGCAUUUGCUGCACACAUAUGCACGUGAGACAAUGACAUAUAUCAACUUGAAAUCAAAAAAAUAAAUUAAUCAAUAGAAUUGUUUUUCGAACUGGUUUUUACACAUAUACAACUACGAAAUGAUAAACUCAGACAAUUGCUCUAGUUAUCACGUACGCAUUGACAUGGACUUUAAAUGUCCUUUCGUAUUCAUACAAUUGAUCGGGGGCCAUUUAAUGUCAUCAAGAGAAUAUGUUUUUUUGAAAAAAUAUCAAAAAUUAAUUUUGUUUUAUUAAAAUUAUAUUAUUGUUAAAUGAAUUUUUACAAAUAUAUAGUACAUUAAUUUAUAUAAAUAUCAAAAAUUUAAUUUUGACAAUUAAGAUGCGCCAUCAAUCAAAAAAACAAUGUUUAUUUAAAAUUUAAUUAUAUAAUGUAUGAUGUUUUAGAAAUGACGUUUCGAAAUUCAGAAACAACUGAUUGUAGAUCUUUUUUCGAUAUUACAUUAAACUUUAGUACAAAAAUAAUAUUCAAAUUGACUGAGAUAUUUGUAUUGACUUGAUCAUUUUACAUAAUUGAAUUCACUUCUAAUAGCUUGCAUUUAAUAACACACAAUAAUAAUUAAUUAUAAGACACUAAGGCCUAAUUAAUAAUAAUAAAAAUAAAAAAAGAAUAUUUAAAAUUAUAAUAUAAAUUGAAUGAAUAAAUUGAUAAAAUGCAUUAUUCAUAUAAUAAUAAUGAAAUAGAGCAUGAAUUGUUAUUAAUUUAUUUAUAAAAAAAUAUAAUGUAUCAUAAAUAUGUAGUUUAUAAUCCCACAUUUGUAGGAAUUUACAAUAUAUUUAUUCAAAUAUUUAUAAUUGUUAUUUCAGUAAAUCAAACUGUGUAAAUAAUUCAAUUAGACCAAGUCGAUAUAUUUAUUUUUUAAUGGAGGCCCAAUAGCUUCCUGCCAAACUCGCCAAUAAUGCAUUUCUCCGUGAUAUCUCCGAAUUUCUCCGCAAUUACUCCGAAUUUCUCCCAAAUUGACCCACGCGGAGAAAUAAGUGGAGAAAAGUAUCAAAGUUUCUUUCCGGAUUUUCUCCGAAUCGACUUGGGUGAAAAAACGUUUGGAAAUAUUUCUCCACGAAAAAAACACGUACAGAAAAGUGUGAAAAAAUAAUUUUACCGCGGAGAAAUUAUCUUCACGUGUCUUUUACGGGGAGAAAUUUUUUCCGGAUUUUGCCCCCUCAAGAAAAAAAAGAAAGGGGGGUUUGAGGGGCUUGCCCCCCAACUAUCAACAGCAAUAAAAUUUUAAAUGUAUUUGAUUUAUAAAUUCAAUCACUAAUUAUUAUAUCGCAUCUCUAAUUGGUUUAGCCACAUUCAACAUUUUUUAUUUUUUACUAUAUUGCAAUUACGCUACAUUGCAAAACGUUAAACAAAAAAAAAAAAAGAAUAAAAAUAAUAAUUAAUAAAAAAG